AUGUCGGUGUCCUUUACAUAUAUUGACGGAUUGACUAACUUGGACACAGGGGUCUUCACAUGCGGGGCUGGGUUCUUAUGGUCGCUGGAUGACUUCUACCUAACCACGACUGGCCUGUUUGUGAUGGAGACCACCAACAACAACUACAACAACGCACUGACACACGCCAUCACCCACAAGUCCGUGCCGUGUUGGAUCAGAGGUACUGUGGCCAAUCUCUUGGCUGAAGACCCUGAGGAGUGGUUUGAGAUCUUUGGAAUCCACAACUCAGGCACGUACGACAGUCAGUGGAUGGUACUCGAUCUCAACCAGUUCACUGCGGGCCAAGACCUGCCGCCCAAGUCAUUCUAUGUCUUCGAGCAGUUGCCAGGCAUCAUCCGAUACCAAGACAUGACCCAGAAGCCUGUCGCUUCAUUGAAAGGGUCUGUAUCACAGCAACUCAACGAAGACGGCUAUUGGGCCUCGUACAAUGUACCGUACUUCCCCGAGAUGUACGAGAAGAGCGGAUGGAGUGCCAAGUACGAGAAGGGAGGCGAUGAGUGGUCACAUGAGAAGUGCCCACGCGCAAACAUCUUCAGACAGCAACAGUCGUCGGUGACGGAUAUGAGCUUUAUGAAGCGCAGACUGCGGUACAACGACUACGAGAACAAUCUGUUGUCACUGGGCCAACGAUACGUGUACGGCAAUGAUGUCGCCAGGCGUUGGGAUUUGGCCCAAGGGAAUAGGUUCCAACUCGACGGAGCAAUCGACGCGAAGGUCACGAACAUCGCCAUGGGACGGGAUUUGAAAUUCUGGACUGUCAACGGACCUACAAGCGACCAACAACCCGUGUUUACAUGGAAUGCCUAUGAGAAUAUCACACACAUGGGUCAGCCAGAUGUCUUUGAUUUCGACUGGGUUGAGCUCCAGCCGUUUCCGAGGCAGGGAGCGGAGUAA